AUGAAUGGCCAUUCCGGAGCCAUGUCGCCUGUCUCCGUAGAUGGCAGCGACUGGUCCGGCCUCAACCAGUAUCAAAAGUCGGACCCGGCCUUUUCGCCAACCAUCUCCUCGCGAGGGAACCUAGCCACUCCUCCGACAUCCGGCGUCCCCAGCGCUCCCUUGAGUCCCAACAGCAUUGGACCACCCGGCCCUGGCAGCGGCAAUCCCUCUCCGCCCAGCUCGGUAGCAGCACGAUCCAGCGUCGGUACACUCGGCGGCGAUGCCCAGCGCGAUGGCGGCCGACGGGGCCGACAGAUGGAGGAGAUCCUGCACCAACAUUAUGUGACCCUGAGACGAUUUCUCGAUGCCUCGAUGCGCGAGGACCGGAUGAACGGCCGAUCGAAUAAAGCCCGCGACAAGCUCCUUCGACUCUCGCCCACCCAGUUCCAUGAACUGAGUACUGACGUCUACGAUGAGCUCGUUCGUCGCCAGCAGGCCAUGCCUCCUCCAGGCCGGCCUCCCCGUCUCGACGUGCCUCCUUUCCUCCCUCCACGCAAAGACUUCCACGAGAAGCGCAAUCACGCCCGUCAGAAGCUCGCGUCGCUCCAGCACCAGCGUUUCCGAGAUCUAGCGACCGAUGUGUUCUGCGAGCUGGAGCGUCGGUUCCCACACUUCACCGGCCGCGGGCGGCCACCCCCUCCUGGUGCCAGACGGUCCCAGUCGCGGGGUCCUCCUCAGAUGGGCCGGGGUUAUCCGUCUGGUGGUCCAUUCCCGCCGCGGCAGGGUUCUCUUGGAGGCCCACCGCCAGGUAUGAACGGAGAGGGGCCGUUCCCGCGGGCUUUCCAGAGUAACACCAUGGUCCCGAACAAGAGUACGAUGGUGGAGGAUAGUGAUGAUAUGGGCGGAGACGAUGACGAGGAUGCUCGGAGUGAUGCCUUCGCCUUGGACGCUGUCCUGAGCAGACGGGGCACAACGAUGACUCUCGGGGAUGGUGAGCGAAGGCUGCUACUGGAGAGUCAGACGCAAGUUUCGGCUCUGCAAGAAAAGGUUGAAAAAUUGGAGGAACAGAUUCGCCUGAAAGAUGAGGAGAUUGCUCGAUCGUCAGAUGUAGACCAGUCUGCUAUCAGCCAUAGCGAACGUCAGGAAUGGGAGGACUUGCGGCAUGAUCUGGAGAGCAAGGUUUCAAAAGCGGAGGAUCUGAAUAGCUCGCUCCAGCUCGAGCUGGAGAAGGUACGGGCCGAUCACGAUAAUAUGGAACGCGAACUGCGCAAUCAACUUGAAGAAGCCAGCCAGAGUGCGGGAGACCCUGCCCUGGAGGCUCGCUACUCCGAAUUGGAGACCAAGCAUCAGAGCUUGCAAGUGGAGCUACAACACCAGCAGCAAGUCACGGCAGAGGUGCGACGUGAGGCCUCUGAGUUCCUGAUGGAGAUGAAGACUCUUACCGCCCAGAGUCAUUCGAAUUGGGAACGCGAAGAGCAAUUGUCCACCGACGUUCACAGGCUCGAAGCCGAGGUGGGUGAAUGGAAGAACCGUUAUGCCAAGGCGAAAUCGCAGCUGCGUCACCUUCGCACAUCAUCUGGCGGGUUUGCGGAUCACCGACCUGAUGCACAAAGCAUCAUUGCGCAGGAGCAUGAGCUGGUACAACCUGAUGGCGUGGUUAAGGACAUUCAUGUUACUAAAUUCCAAAUGUCGAUUGAUGAACUGCUCCGCAUCGCUCGCUUCGAGGCCCCCGAGCAGGUGUCCCACCAGAUCAAGCUUGUCAUUGUGGCCGUUCGUCAUAUGAUUCAGGAUGUGGACCAGGCUCCUCCGCCAGUCGACGGCUCGGCUACGCUGCGCAUCAAGGCCAAAGGUCGCGUCUCUGCCACUGCCAACAACAUGAUUACCGCUGCUCGCAAUUUUGCUGGCUCCAGUGGCCUGUCGCCAGUUUCUUUGUUGGAUGCGGCUGCCUCGCAUCUUUCCACUGCUGUGGUUGAACUGAUUCGCGCGGUGAAGAUCCAGGCAUCGCCUGCAGAUGCACUGGAGGAGGAGGGGGAUGAUGAGGAUAUGUCGCAGCAGAAGUUCCCGGACUACUUCAGCACCACGGCUAGCCAAAGGCGGCUCAGCAACCACUCUGAGUAUAGCGUGUUGAGUCCUCCGGAUCAAUCGCACCCUGUGAUGCAGAAUGGCAUGAGCAAUGCCAAUGGAUAUAACUACGGGGCUCCUCAGGGGGACCACGAGCUUCAGGAGCUGAAGCUAUACGUUGAGGACCAGACUGAUAGCAUGGUCCAGUCCAUUCAGGCCCUGGUAGCUAGCAUUCGCUCCGAGUAUGGCAUCGAGACCGUGCAGACCUACGUCUCGGCGAUCGGAGAUAUCGUCGCAAACGUGGUUUCUUCGAUGGAAAACAUGAUUCACGACCGAAGCGGCGAUACUGCCCUGCACGAGCGGACCGAGCAGGUGAUCCACAAUCUGGAUGAAUGCCGCGACCGGUUGAUGAAGACUGCCGCCGAGGGACACAAUGCUACCAGCCCCGAGCACCUGCGCGAGGUCACCAACCAGCUACCGCCCAUUGCUUUUGAAACAGCCCGUCAUGCCAAGGAACUCGUGCAGCGCCUCGAGUCGUUAGCCCAAGCAGACGACGAUGACGAGUUCCGGUGA